CAGGAGGCAGUAAGGGUCAAACGCCAAGGCGCGCCCGAGGAACUAACUAGAGUGCCUAUCGCUCCCCCGCCCCUCCCGCCCACUAGGCUUGGCCCUUCGCUGCCGUUGCUAAGGGUAGUGAUACAGAACGAGAUGGAAUAGCACCAGAAAAAUCAUCCCCAGAGAGAGAGAAGAAAAAGGAACAGUCAGAUGCAUCUAAUUCUCCUAGAACCUCAAAACAUCAUUACUCAAGAUCGCGUUCACGAUCAAGGGAAAGAAAACGGAAGUCAGAUAACGAAGGAAGAAAACACAGAAGCCGGAGCAGAAGCAAAGAGCGUGCUAAUGCGCGAAGAGACUGAACUGAAGACGCUCCAGACUCAGAUAGCAAAAUUAUAAGCCUACUUCAUGAUAAGAACCAACUUCUUCUUAAAACAGGCAAGAAGACACGAGUCCAAAGAAAAGUCCUCUAAGAAACACAAAUCUGAUGACCACAAUGACAAAGAACACUCUUCUGACAAGGGAAGAGAGAGCCUAAAUUCAUCUGAAAACGGUGAGGACAGACACAAACGCAAAGAAAGGAAAUCAUCAAGAGGCAAAAGUCAUUCAAGAUCCAGGUCCCGUGAAAGGCGUCAUCGUAGUAGAAGCCGUGAUAGAAAAAAGUCACGGUCCCGAAGCAGAGAGAGAAAACGCCGUAUAAGAUCUCGUUCUAGAUCAAAAUCUAGACACAGACAUAGAAGUAGAAGCAGAAGUAGGACUCGGAGCAGAAGCCGAGAAAGAAAGAAGAGAAUUGAAAAACCCCGAAAGUUCAGCAGGAGUCACAGCCCAAGUCCAAGUCCACCACCUUUUAGGGGACGAAACACAGCAAUGGAUGCACAAGAAGCGUUAGCCAGAAGGUUGGAAAGAGCAAAGAAAUUGCAAGAACAGAGAGAAAAGGAAAUGGUUGAAAAACAGAAACAACAGGAAAUCGUUGCUGCAGCUGCUGCCACUGGGGGUUCUGUCAUCAAUGUUGCUGCUCUUCUGGCAUCAGGAACACAAGUAACUCCUCAAAUAGCUAUGGCAGCUCAAAUGGCAGCACUACAAGCAAAAGCACUGGCAGAGACUGGAAUAGCAGUACCUAGCUAUUAUAACCCAGCAGCAGUGAACCCAAUGAAGUUUGCUGAGCAGGAGAAAAAGCGGAAAAUGCUCUGGCAAGGGAAAAAGGAAGGGGAUAAAUCACAGUCUGCGGAAAUAUGGGAGAAAUUGAAUUUUGGAAACAAGGACCAAAAUGUCAAAUUCAGAAAACUAAUGGGCAUUAAGAGUGAGGAUGAAGCUGGUUGUAGUUCAGUUGAUGAAGAAAGUUAUAAAACUCUGAAGCAACAAGAAGAAGUAUUCAGAAAUCUGGAUGCACAGUAUGAGAUGGCACGAUCACAGACUCACUCACAAAGAGGAAUGGGAUUGGGGUUUACAUCUUCAAUGCGAGGAAUGGAUGCAAUUUGAAAAAACAUGAUUUUAAAGUCUGGGACUUUGUGGAUGAUUCCCGUUCUGAUGUUGGGUCCUUGUUCACCAAAAAGCUAGCAUUCUAGCUUGCAUGGGUGUUGCAUUGACUUUAAUUUAUUGAAAAAGUACAAACUUUCUGUAAAUAUGAGAUCAGUGAUACUGGUGUUAGUGUUGUAAUCAGGUUAUACCCACUUCCAUUAAACUUGACAGAACUAUAGAAGGACAGUAUUUUUAGUUAAAGUUCUACUUUUUCAAACAAAGCAGCAGCUGGGGUAAACUCAUACAUGGAUAUUUCGUGUCCACAGUCUUGUGUACUUUUGUACUUUAACCUUGUACAGUUAUUUUCAACUCUUGAAACAUGAAAGAAACAUUGUGUAGAUGUUAUCUAGCAGAUUGGCCAACUGGCACAUUAAUCCAGUGCAACAACCUGGUUAAUAAAUAUGUUUUUCUCUAAACUGCUA